GGACGCCAAGAGCGCGCAGGAGGAGCAGGAGAAAGAGGACCCGGGCCCUGCAGCCUGGCCGCGGCUGUAAGCCCCGACGGAGGCAGGGAGGUAGAUUCUUCCUUAUCAAAGAGAAGUGACUUGGAUUUGAUCCCAGCCUAGUUGGCAAUGAGUAGAAAAAGUCCACAACCAGUUCUGGAGAUGGUCCCAGCAGCAUCCAGCAUCCUGACACUCUCUCUCCAUGGAAACAGAUGUGUCGUCUACACUCAGUGUGGCUUCCAUCCUCUGAGCAAGCAAGAGAAUCACCAAACUGUCCUUUAGUCAAGCUCAAGAAUCGAUCAUCAAAUCCUUCCCCAUUUGACUUGAAAAAGAAUGUCACCCAUACUCCUCUAUUUCCCAGCAUAGUCCUGAUGGCUCCAUGUUCUCCAGUCCCUGAAGAAGCAAUAAACUGGGGCAGGUGAGUUCAAAAGGUAGACAAGAUUAGGAAGCAGAGGUAGAGAUGCAAAGGACUGGCUCUUGAGAAUGGGCUGUCUCUUGUAUCAGGACUCUACCAUCUUGAUACAGGCCUCUCCUUAGGAGUAAGAUGAUGGUCCUCAUGGUUCUGAAUAACCCUUAGCUCUCCUGUGUUAUAUGGACUCGUGAGAAUUUCCAGGCCAGAACUGGAUUGGAGGAGCCUAAUAGACUCGUGUGGAGCCUGUUUUUUGCCCUUUGAAUCAAGCGCCUUCUGGUGAUGUGUCCAUAGCUGGAGUGUUUCCUGUUGUGACCACAGGCCGCCCUUACGCCUCCCGCACUUGCUGGGUCUGGCAGGGUUUUUCUCCUAGCCCAGAACACCUCCCCUGUGAGCCCUGAGCCACAGGGGCUGGAAGACAACGGCAACAAGGCUUCCUUCAUCUUUUGUGAACAGGCGGUAGCCGUGGGGAUGAGCGGACGGCCACCCCUGGCAGAGAAAGCUUUGUCCGAGACUUAUGCUCGCCUCCGGUACAGGGAUGCCUCUUUGCUGAUCUGGCAGCAGGAGCAGCAGAAACUUGAGUCUCUGCCACCAGGAUCGUACUUGAACAGGAGCCACAGCAUGUGGUACUCACAAUAUGGCAACCAGGCGAUCUUGGUGCGGGAUAAGAGGAAAGCGGACAUCCCCAGGGAUACCGGACAAUCCAGGUUUUGCAGCGUGAUGUGAUUUCAAGAGCUAAGAGUGAGCAAGUGAGCCCAACCUCUACGCUAACAAAAAUGGAUCCAGAAAGUGGUUUUCCUUUAAAAAAAAAAGUUUUAUUUUUUAUGUUGUAGCUCUAUUUAUCUUCUACUGCACUUUUGGACAGUGCUCCCGAAGCAAUUUGGGAAAUGGAUUUUCAGGGUCCUCAAGUGGCUGUCCAACAGGUUUGCCUACAUUCGUUGAAUCCAUCCAAAUUAAUUUUGAAACUUCGUUUGCUGCUAAUCUAUGGAAGGCUGUUCCUGAUAGACAACACUGAAUGCCUCGUCCUCACCCACCCACCCCACCCACGACUCUCCAUUAUAGAUGGAAUUUGAAGGUGGAGAGCCGGGGGCCUUCCAGAUUUUACCCAGUACCAUUCACCUGACAUCACCACAAGCUCCCCAUCUGUUUUAAGUGGUACUGAUGGAGGCAAAGAUUUUUCCCAAUCAUCUCUUCUGGAGAGGAGUCAAAUAGGGAGAGGAGUCACAUAAGGGCCACAUAGGGGAGGUAGGAAGUGCAGUUCAAAACACCUGCUGUAACACACCUUUACCCCUGACUGCUUACACACAGGAGGCAUUCCACCCCCCUUUCCAUGCCAGCUUCGCCUGCUAAAUGUCCACAUAGCUGUUUCCCUCUAAAACAAGCAGGAUCUGGAAAAUAAUGUGAUAACCCACCUGCAUGAGCACUUCUCUUUUGCUAAGGGAUGCAGCAGGUCAUUGAAGUGAAUAGGUUCUCUCUCAUGGACAGGAGUUUGCCCCAUUCAUCCUCUCACUCUGAAGUAGCCAUGAAUGCAAGCUUGGACUUUGUUUUCUAGGGCCUGGACUGUCAAAUUGCUGCUGUGUUAACUUGUUGAUGUGUUGACAGAACUACGCUAGGUCUUGGGGAUGGAAGUGGCUGGGAACAGUUCAGUUAAAGAUGUACACUUCUCUCUGCGACCAGAUGCCUUUUGUUCAUCACUUGCAGUAUUAAAAAUGAACAAGGGAUACCUGUGUCAGUGGCUGCAGCAAAUUAUUGCUUCUCUGUGUGGACACACCCCGACUGCCAGAUGCAAAGUCUGUUGUGCAGAGAUUGUCAGUUCAAUAUAGCUUGGACAGGCACUGGGCUUGUGGCAUUCUGGGAGUUCCCAUUGCCUCUUGGGUAGGGUGCAAGAGGAGCAGCUGUAGUGACCCUUGAGGUUCUUUCCAGAUCUACAGCUUUCAAAUGCUCCACGUCACACACAUAGGUUAAUUAGGUUCUCUAGGCCUCCACCCUCCUGCAGACCCCGACUUAAAUUUAGGGGAGAGGAUGCAGCUCAGUGGCAGAGCACCUGCUUUGCAUGGAGAAUGUCCCAGGCUCAAUCCCAAAUGCCAUUUCCAAGGAUAGCUGGGAAUGCCCCUUGCCUAAAAUCUCAAGAGAGCCACUGCUGCCAGUCAGUGUAGACAGUAUUGACCUAAAUGGACCAAGGGUCUGAGCUCUGCAUAAAGCAGCUUCCUAUGCUCCUAUUUAAUUCAGACUAGUUCUUUAGAACUACAAGGACUAGAAUAUUACUUUAUUUUAGGGGAAAAGAUGUAGCUCUGCGGGAUGCAACCUACCUCAUAGGGUUGUUGAGAGAACUGGUGGGGGGGGGCGGGGAAUACAGCUACCUACACCAUUCUGAGCUUCUUUGAGGAACAGGAUAAAAUGAACCACAGGACUUGAAUACCAUCAUAAGAAUAUAAGAGCCUGCUGGAUCAGGCCAGUGCCCCAUCUAUUCCAACAUCCUGUUCCCACAGUGGCCAACCCAUGGGAAGUCUACAAGCAGGAUUUGAGCACAAGAGCGGUCCCCUAUCCUUCUGGUUUCCAGAAACCGGUGUUCAGAAGCAUUGCUCCCAACAGUCAUUUAAACCUACAGCUGCCAGGUCUGGAGAACCCCAGACCCUGAGAUUUCAAGGCCCCAACCUGAAGCCUAGGGGCAGCCCCGGCUGAUGCCACGAGAGCAGGUCCUGCAGAUGAAGGUAAAUUGGGAGAGGUGUGGGGAGGUGGGCACACACUGUAUAGUGUCUCUGCUAUAAUUUGUAGCCAGCUCCUACUAGGCUCUCAUGGCCACCUGGAUAUUCAAUACCUCCACCUGCCACCUAGGGCCCAGAACAAGGAGGCUUCAGAUGAGAGCUGGAGGUCUGGCAACCCUGCAGAGGCAGCUUCUUGGACCCUACUGCUGAGAUGUGGGAACUGGAAGUAUCACCUAAACCCUUUUAGAUCCAAGCCACCGAGAUGUGAAGAACUGAGGAGCGAAGCCUAGUGAGAUGGGUUGGAGCUUAGCAUUGCCAUGGUGCGGUGGGGGUAGGCUUGUGAAGAGCAAGCAAGAUCUUGGUUGCCUCGGGUGGUCCAGAGUGGAAACUUGGCAUGAAAAAUGGCAAAAUCUCAUCUGCCCCAAUUUGAUUUGAUUCCUCUCCCAAGCAUCCUCCUUCCUCUGUAGACCUUGGUAAAGAUGGGGACAGCUUGGGACCUUUGCUGUGCUGUAAGAUGUGGUCCCUCUGUAGAUUCAGGACAGAUUUUUUAAAAAGUCCUCCUUCAUGCAGCACUUGGUUAAAUUAUGGAAUUCACACGCACAGUAGGCAGUGAUGGUGACCAACUUCAAUGGCUUUAAAAGAGGAUUGGUCUGGCAACCCCAAUGAAACCUUAUGUUAAGUUAUGAGGAAUGGUUACAGGAGUUGGGUGUUUUUAGCCCAAAGAAGAGGAGACUGAGAGGAGAAAUGAUGGAAUAUGGAGCAAGCUUGUUUUUUCCUGCUCUGGAGGUUAGGACCCAAACCAAUAGCUUCAAGUUACAAGGAGAUUUCUGACAGUAAGAGCUGUUUUGACAGUGAAACAGGCUCCCUUGGAAGGCGAUGGACUCUCCUUCCUUUGAGGAAUUUAAGCAACGGUUGGAUGACCAUCUGUCAAGGUUUCUUUAGUUGAACUUCCAACUCUACAACUUUUAUUAACUCUGCUGCACAAUAAAUUGAAAACAGAGUUGUGAUCAUCACACAUUUGUCCAACACCCCCACCCCACCCCGGGCUUUACAAACCUGUGUAUUACAGAAGUGGCAUUUGCUUCAAAAAAUACAUAAAUAAAUCAGGUCUUUGUUCCUUUAUUAUUAUUUUUUUCCAAACUGUUCUACUUUUAAAACAAUUAAAGAUACAGAGACUGACCUGGAAAGGGGGGUAACUAGGAAUAUACAAAUAAAUCAUGCUUUUAUCUGGAAGGUACUAAUACCUGUCAAGUCCAAAGUCUGUACAAAAAAAGAAAGCAAACAAAUCCCCACCCUAAACCCAUCCCUGGGG